UGGUGUCUGACCGAGUUUUUUGUUUCGUGCGGGAGGUUUUCUCAUGAGGUUUUAGAGGUGUCACACUGUCAUUGUUUGUAAAUUUUUUUAUGUGUUUUUGAACUUUUAUUUACUCCAAAAAGAUUAUUUCUAUAAUUGGAACAUCCCUUGUUGCACUUUCUACCGUCUCUUUCCUUUUUCUUGCACUCUUGAUUUCUGGACUGUUCGAUUCGAUUGAGUGCGCAUCGGAAAAUUUAGGAAUUUCGACUAACAGCAUGUGGGCACUCCGACGAGCCUCCAUUUAUCUCAGGAAUCGAGGGAGCGCUCGAAUUUGUUCUGCUAAAUCGCAGAUAGCAAGCUGCUAUUCGGAGAAUUACAAUGCUGAAUUUACUGCGUCUCAAGUUAGAAGAAGAUUCUGCAACAGCUCUAGUUCUUGGAAAUCAUCACCAGUAGUUCAAUAUGUUUCUUCACUGAUUGGGGCUAAGAGCAGUGGGGAUCACAACGGUGUGUCGGAGGAUGCUUCCUCUGGUCUUGAAACUCGAGAUGAUGAUGAUGAUGAUGAUGAUGAUGAAUUGGAGGUAUUAGACGAUGAGAAUGAUGUUGGUGAGGUAAAAUCUCCCAAAACUGUAGGGCUGACUAAAGUUGUGCUUUCUGUGCCCCCAAAUGAGCUGAGAAGGGCUUUGGAUGAAUGGGUUGAAGCGGGUAACCAAGUCACCCCAACUGAUGCAUCAUUUACCUUGCAAUUUCUUAGUAAGCGUCAUCUAUUUGGUAGUGCCUUGAAGCUUUUUGACUGGCUGGAUUCGAGAGAGAAGAUUGAGUUUACUGAGAGUGACUAUUCUACUCGUGUUGAUGUGAUUGCGAAGGUGCAAGGCACGUUCAAGGCAGAGGAGUAUAUUCGACAAAUUCCUGAAUCUUUUAGAACUGAAAUUGUUUUCAAUACUUUAUUAAGAGCUUAUGUGAUUGCAUCCAAUGUGCAUAAAGCAGAGAAGCUUUUCAGAACAAUGAAGAACUUGUUUCCUUUGAAAUGCGCUUCGUACAACAAGAUGCUUUUUCUGUACAAGAGGUUUGAUAGGAAGAGAUUUACUGAUUUGGUGUCAUUGAUGGAGAAAGAAAAGAUCAAACCGUCGAGUCUCACUUACCAAAUCUUGAUUGAUGUGAAGGGGCAUUCUAAUAAUAUCCAUGAAGUGGAGCAAAUCUUUGAGAAAAUGAAGUCUGAUGGUGUGGAACCUAGGUUGCGUCAUCGAGCAUCCUUGGCUAAGUACUACAUUGCUGGUGGCCUAAAAGAUAAGGCUGAGGCGGUGUUGAAAGAGAUGGAAGGAGGCGAUCUAGUCAAAAACCGUGCUGCCUGUUAUUUUCUGCUUCCGGUUUAUGCUUCACUUGGAAAGGACAACGAAGUUGGGAGAAUCUGGAGAGCAUGUGAAUCGAAUCCUACUCUAGGAGAGUGCAUAGUUGCCAUCAAAGCAUGGGGGCGGCUCAAGAGAAUUAAAGAUGCUGAGGCGGUUUUUGAAGAAAUGUUCAAAAUUCUGGGGAAGCCCUCUUCGAAGUACUAUGCGAUUCUGCUAAAUGUGUAUGCAGAUCACAGAAUGGUGAGUGAAGGGGAGGAUCUGUUCAGACGGCUGAGAGAGAGCUGCACCAAUGUCCGCGUGCAAGCUUGGGAUGCCUUGGUGAAGCUUUAUGUAGGAGUCGGAGACGUGGAGAAGGCAGACGCCAUUCUUGAGGAGGCAAUUCAACACAACAGGAGGAAACCUAAUUUUGGAUCAUACUUGAAAGUCUUGGAUGGAUAUGCGGGCAGAGGCGACGUGCAGAACACGGAGAAGAUAUUCACGAGGAUGAGAUACGCCGGUUACACCAAGAAGCGCGGGCCUUUCCACUCGCUCUUGUAUGCCUACAUAAAUGCCAAGACGGCCCCGGCUGAUGGGUUCGGCGAGAGAAUGAGGAGAGACAGGGUCCACCCAGACAAUAAAACGGCUCGUCUGUUGGCUCGAACAGCUGCUUUCCGGAAGCCCCCGGUUUCGUCUGGUGGCAGGAAUGGUAUUCCAGAGUAAAGGAAAACCUAUAUUAUUCACGUAUUCUGCAUAAGAUCAAAUAUUCAAGUGUUAUCCGAAUUAUCACUUCUGUUUUAUCCACUUUAGUCAAUUAAUAUCCAUAACUAUUAUCUCUAAUUUGAAGCUGAAAUAUGUGCAAAAACGAUUUUUUUGUUUAAUGAUAUGUAAGUUUAUAUUUCUA